AUGCCAUCAACUCGCUCGAGAGGUCGUAAUGUGUGGAUUGAAUUCUCGUCAGCUCCUGGUCAUAUCCAAGGGGGACUACGUGCCCCAAGCAACCUGACAGCAACUCAAUUCCUCGACAUGCUUCAUGUCGUCUUUUCUGCACCUGGUGGAUUCUACGCGCGACUACGUGACUCCAACACCCCUUUGAUUGCCUCUAAUCAGCUCAUUGAAUACGGCUACUAUAUCCUCACCCCCCAUCUACCAGGACACCAAAUGCAAACGUGUAAUGAGAGGUUCUUCCAGCGUACUCUAUCUCUGACAGAUACAAGGAGAGAUGUUGCUUUCCGCGACCAGGUCCGAGAGCGAGACGGCCGUUGUGUCAUCACUCACCAGAUCAACCAUGAUGCAGACUAUGAUGAAUGGUUUGGUUUCGAGGCCGCUCACAUAUUCCCACUUGCUCUCGACCCGAUUUUUAUCAGCCAUGGUUUUUCUCAACUGAUAACACACAAUCACCCACCUGGGAUAAACUCCCCUCAGAAUGGGAUUCUACUUCAAUCCCACAUUCAUCAGCUCUGGGACAACUAUGUCAUUGCAGUGAAUCCACACGAUGGGUAUAAGGUGCAGGCAUUCUCACGGACGGCAUGGCAACAUCAUGGGAAAGUCCUGCACCCUACCUGUCGGCAAUCUGGUAACCCUACAAGUGUUGUUGAUGCUCUGUUACGCUGGCACUAUGAACAAGCUGUACUUUGUAAUAUGCGCGGAGCUGGUGAACCGGCAUUCGAGCAUGACUUUCCCCUUGGAACGGACAUGAUGGGAGAGAUACGGGAAGGACCACAACCGGCAGAACGAAUGGAGACAGAGCUUUUUUCACGGCUAUAUGGAUACGGAGAAGCGUAA